CCAGUAACGUGUGUGUGUGCAUGCGUGUGCAUGUGUCUUUCCUAUGUCUAAAUAUUCAGAUUCACCGUACAACAGUGGUGUCCAAACUUUUGAUUAAACAACAGUCCGCUUGUUUGCAAAAACUUUGCAUACGUUUUUUUUUCAUAGUUUACAAAAAAAUAUGGAAAAUAGUAAAAGCUGUAGAUUUAAAAAAAAAACAACAACAACAUACAUGUUACUGAACAUUUUAUAUUUUAGGAAUAUUGUUCAGCCCUUGCUAACAUGAAAAAGAAAAAUAAGAUAAUGUGUCAAUCUUAAUCAAGGACAAUCAAUCAAUCAAGGACACCCCUGCCGUACAACGUCGUUGUGUCCAAUCACUCAGCAGGUGAGCAGGUGUUUAUAAUGAAGGUGAGUCGCACGUUCAGCUCAGGUCAGACCUCCUCGUGCUCUUCCUCGCGUCAUGUCGCUGGUCGCGUGCCUUCUCUGGACUGUGUUCAGUGGGUCACUGGGAGGUCCGGUUCCGGUGACUCAUGAGGUCCAGACAUACCACCACCUGCCUAUGUUCUUGGACGCACCAGAGCCGGUUGUAGCACAGGAGCUGUUUCUGCCGGCCCCUCAUAAGAGACCUGUCCCCGCCGGGAUCACCUCGCUGCUGUUACCGGAAAAGAAACCGCAGCAGAGCGUGCAGGGGGACACCGGGACACGCGCUGUGGAGGUCUUCUGUUGGGGUGAUCAGAUAUUUGUGCGCUUGGACCGCUUCCAGGUGCGCUCCUGGACCAACCCGUACCUGUUCAGACUGGGAACAUGCCGAGUCAGCAAAGUCAGCCCGCGUUUUCUUUAUUUCCAUUACAGACUGACCGAGUGUGGAGGACAGUCACGGACUGUUGGUGGUCAGCUGGUGUACUCCUUCACUCUGUCUUAUACUCCUCCUCCACAAGACUUCGUCAUCAGAGUCAUACCUCUGACACUUCCCCUUCAAUGCCAUUACAACAGGUUUCACUACUCGUACAAAGUCGGCUUCAGACCUAAAGUCCAGCACAAGACGUUUCUGAAGAGCAUCAGGAGUAAACUGUGCUUCAGCCUCACCGUCUGUAACGAGCAUUGGGAGCCCGUCCCUGCGGGUCAAGGGUUUGUUUUGGGGGAGUCGGUGUAUUUCGUUGCCCAGAGCGGAGUUCUGUUAGCCGGAGAGAGUCUGUACGUGGACUCCUGCUACGCCACCAGCUCCAAAGACCCGCACAGCCAGCCCAGAGUCGACAUUAUCACCAACUAUGGCUGUAUGACAGACAGCAGGAGGGAAGGCAGCAACUCAUACUUUCUGUCUGCAGGGGGCGCUGUGCUCAAGUUUUCUGUGGACGCUUUACUCUUCAGUGCUGUCUCACAAGUGUUGUAUCUCCACUGCUCGAUGUCAGUCAGCCUCACUACCUCUGACGUCUCAAAAUCCUGCAACUACAACACCGCUGCUGGCAGGUGGGAGGAGCUUGAAGCCUCGCCCUCAGUGUGCUCAUGCUGUGAGUCCACGUGCACUGAUGGACAGGACGGUAAGUUCAGAACCUCCAAUGUUGAAAAUUUAAGUCAAUGUGGAGGUGUAGGAAACUGCAGUACCUCGAUUGUCCACUUGAGGCUGGAUCCAAAAGCCUCAGAAGUCCCACUAACGCCCAUAUUAAAAUGUUAACUUUUUACAGAAGAUGAAGAAACAUGUUUACAGCCUCAAUUAUGGUUAAAAGUAAUAUUUUGUUUUCUUUCAGUGAUUAAGAAAACAGUCAGCAGUCAAGGUUGGCUCAUGGACAAAACACCAAAGAGUAACCGAGAAUGAGGGCGAGUUCUCUCCAAGCAGAGGAGGAGAGAGAGUCGGAGGAUAGGAAGGACGACGAUGAAAGGAUUGAGGAAGACUUUAGAAAACUGCGGUCUUUGCCACCAGAGACAGAUAUCGACGGUGAUGAGGGGAAAGAAGAAGCUGUUCCUGAAAAGACGCUUGUGUUAGAUGAGAGGAAGGAGUGGAGGAACAGUUCUGCAGUCAGCCACCAGGGGGAGAGAGAAACAGAAGAGGCGGUGAAGGAGGAGGACAACCAGAUGAAAGAAUUGGAAUCAGACAUAAUCAUUUUGUCAGAGCAGACUGAGAAAGCGGGAAAUGAAUCAGUCUCUGGUGCAUUAAAUAGUUCUGAAAUCAUUGAGAAAAGCAGCAUUAAUGUGCUAAGAGAUUAUUCUGGAAACAAAACUUUCUCUGCAACAAAUUCCAGUUUUGUCGUCGAUUCUUUCAACACAAGUUCCCCUGCUGGAAAUGUUUCCACAGCUGCAGCGCUUUGUCCCGAAGGUGAUCACAUGAAUUGUAGUUCUGCCGACGACGGGGUUAAAAGUUAUCCUUCUGGCUCCAUGAAUGCAACUGUUGGUGCCGAUCUCCCGUCUAAAGAUAGAGCUCCAUCUGACCUCGGCAGAUCCGGUUCUGUUUGGGAUUCAAGCGUCCGAGAGAGUCCGCUUGGCAGUGGACUUGAGACCUUAUCCGAGUCAGAGCAGGCCAAGUCUGCUAAUAAAUCAUUUGACACAGAGUCCGGCCAGAUCCAAGAGCUGGCAGACGACUCUGAGGACCGUAAAGGACCGGACGGAGAUGAUGAAACGCUUCACAGUCUACUGAUCAGAGCGUUACAACCAGAUUCUCAUCCUGCCGUGAUCAGUGAUCUAAUCGGCAGGUUACUCGCCGAUUCUGGUUUUGAGUCUGGACUGGAAAACGAUGAAGCCCUUCAUCACCUGGGUCAGUUUACUGAAGCAGCAGAGCCCCACAAAGACAAGUUUCCUGAAAGAGCACACAGUCUGAGUUCUGGUCUUGUUGGAUCAGAGAAGCAGGACAACCCGGGUCAUUCCUCCGAGGUGACGGUGACUGAAUCCUCAGAGAGCAGCAGCAGCAGCAGCAUGUUUGACAGGAAGUGGGCGGAGGCCGAGUCUGAUUGGGGCCUGCAGAGUUUAGAGUACAUGAUGAAAAAGCCGAUGGAGGACUAAAUGAUUUACAGAAACCAACAUCAACAAAACGCUGUAGAAACCGUUGUUCAUCUGGCUCUACCAAUGUAGAUCAUUAUUAAACUCCUCACUGAAAAUCUU